GCGUGUAGCGGUGGUCUUUUACAUCACGUAUCCACACACUCUCUCUCUAGGCUACAGAAAUGUUUUCCUUCAUGCUUCUCCUCGUCUAUAAGAACGGGGCCAGAUCCCGAUUCGCAUCCAAUGUGUUCGAUGAAUUGACCUCUCGAUCUCUAUGCCUUCACUAUCACCGAGUGAGACGAAAGUCUUUUGCUGUAUAUUUUGAUCCCUGAUCUUCGGAAUUAGGCAAGAUCGACGAUUUUUACUGUUAGAGUCAGUUUUCUCGUUUCCUUGCCUCAAUUGUGGAUCUCCUGGUAACCAAUAAAUAACAUAUUUCAAGCAACUUUGGUUUUCCUUUGAUCCUGUGGCUAUUAUGGUUGAUGCAAUACAUGAUGAGCUGCCUGCUAGAGCACAAAAUGCUGAGCCUCUUCGACGACUAGAGAUACUUGUUUAUGGUGCCGGUCAUAUGUUAAAUGACAUAACGUCGGCUUGUUGGUUUACAUAUCUGUUAUUGUUCUUGACCGACUUAGGACUAAGUCCAAGGGAUGCUGCUAUUGUAAUGCUUUCUGGUCAGGUGGCUGAUGCUUUCACAACUAUUUUUGCUGGAGAGUUGAUUGACCGAUUUGGACACUUCAAGAAAUGGCAUGCUGGGGGAUCAAUUUUGGUUGCAAUUUCAUUCUCUUCUGUGUUUGGUGGCUGCCUUCCUUGCAAAAUUAUUGGGAAAAAUUCAUCCACAUUACAGACAAUUGGCUAUAGCUUAUUUGCCGCAAUUUUUAAUGUGGGCUGGGCAGUUACCCAAGUUUCACACAUGUCAAUGGUGAAUUGCAUUACUUUGAAUCCAACAAGUAGAGUUGCCCUCAAUAGCUGUCGUAAUGCUUUCACUAUGGUUGCCAAUCUCAGCUUAUAUGCCUUCGCUUUAGUAGUUUUUAGUGUAUAUAAUGCUAAGGCAUAUGAUGGCAUCAAACUUGAGUAUCGCUGGAUAGCCUACAUGUCAAUUUUCAUGGGUUGCUGUUUUGUGGUUGUUUUUCUCAUUGGAACCAAAGAACCAGCGCUGAAGCAGCGAAGGCAUUCCGAAAGUUUUUCUAAAAUAUCCUGGAACUAUUGGUUCAAGAAGGCCCUUUACUAUCAAGUUGCUAUCGUAUAUGUUCUUACGAGAUUAAUAACAAAUGUCUCACAGGCACUACUUGCAUUCUAUGUUAUUGACGAUCUGGGUAUGCCUCAAUCCUCCAAAGCUUUGGUACCUGCCAUUAUCUACAUUAGCAGCUUCAUUGUAUCAGUCAUUCUCCAGGAGAUCAGCUGGACCAGUUCACGACUUAAGGUCUCCUAUACAAGUGGAGCCAUUCUGUGGAUAUUGUCUGGCUCUGGAAUCUUUGUUCUUCCAAGCAGUCUUCAUAGCUCCAUGUAUAUUUUCUCGGUUAUCAUUGGCAUUGCUAAUGCUUUAAUGAUGGUUACAGGCAUCAGCAUGCAAAGCAUGCUUAUUGGGAAAGAUCUUAAUGGCUGUGGAUUUGUUUGUGGUUCACUGAGUUUCAUGGACAAACUGUCCUGCGGGCUUGCUUUGUAUGCCCUUGAAUCAUACCAAGAUUCGGACCAAAUUAUGAGAUCCUCUGCAGAAAAUGGAGGCUUCUCUGUUACUAGGUAUGGGCUGGGGCUCAUUCCUUCUUUCUGUGCAUUAAUAUCAGCAUUGGUUACUUGCUCCAUGGAACUGGAAGAAACCCAUUCGGAACAAUUAACCGAACCUCUCCUUGUCUAAAUCCUCGAUCUGGAUCUGUUCUCAUUAAUUGUGAUUCGAUCAGCUAACUCAUUUUGAUUUAACCCAGCAAUCAGAUUGGAAUAGCAUUUGAGAAAGAUAUUGAAAAUUGGUGAUUUUCUGACGGGAUUUAGGCUUCGUUUGGGACAGCUUUCUUAAGCAGCUUUUUAGUACAAAAAUUUUAAUUUUUGUAUUAUAAAAUGGCUUUAUGAAGCAGUAAAAAAACCGUCUCAAACGAAGCCUUAGCUUGUUCUAAGGAACAGUAUUUUUUCUCACCCUCUUUCUAUAGCAUUCUUAUUUUCAUCGUUUCAUGUUAUAAACAUGUCAUCUAUGUGUUUGUAAUUGUACAGAUAACACUUUAUUCUAGCUUUAGUCAAGUAGAAUUUGAUAUAGGAUGUCUGUGAUUUAAA